AACAAGAUUAUGGUCCCCCAUAUUUUUCUGUUAUUGUUAGGUUAUCUGAUAAAUUAUCUCUAAAAUUGUAAUUCUAGAUGAUCAUUUUUGUGUUGCAGCAUUGAAUCUGAGGUAGAUAGAAGAUUGUAUAUCAGAUUACCAGUAAAAAUUGAAGACGAAUUUGUUGUAAGAGAUUUGCAUCCUGAUAUAGUUCAAGUCAAACUUCCACGACAGAAGUCUCGUCGCUGGUGCAUAGUUCUGUUUGACAGCAAAGAAAAGUGCCAGGCGGCUUGUGCGUGCUUGAAGAAAAAGAAGAUAAACAAGAAAAAAAUUAUUGUGAAACCAUUUAAAAAAGGGGGGGGUGAGGAUUCUGUGAAAUCAUCCAAACCACUUGUUAAGUUACUGAAAAAGUAGAUUGAUUCCAUAUAAAAAUGGGUCUCACAUUUUUGGGAAACCCUUAUGAGGAGGAGGAAUAUGAGGAUGAGGGGUGGGAUAUAACUGCUGAUGAAGAGGACUGGAUCCAACCAAAUAAUGUUGAAAUGCUGGGCGUAUUUCGACUGGUGCCCAGUGACUUGAUGGAAAGCGAUUGGCAGACACUCCCAGUCGACUUGGAGGAAGAACAAGAUGAUACCGACAAUGAUGACGAAGAUUGGCGACCUGAAGAUUACGAUCUAAGUCACGAUGAUGACGAAGACGAUGACGGUUACAAUCCCGACGAUGAGGAUUACGAAGCAGAAGAAGAAGUACUGGAUUUCGACGCCGGGCAGCGUUUCAUCCCAGCGGGCGAUGAAGAUGAUGACGAUGAGGAUCUUGAUUAUGUCACUUUUGAUCACGCAAGAUUUAGGGCAAGGCAAACAACUUCGCCAGUUCCAUCAUCGGACCUCAGUACAGAUGAUUCUGAGAAAACUACCCCCACUACUAGCACAAGCAGUACAGCAGAUUCUGAGAAAACUACCCCCACUACUAGCACAAGCGCCCCUAAUUCAAGCCAGUCGAAUUUAGAAGAAAAAACUACAAGCAGGGGGACAGAAUGAUUGUUUUGCGACAUGAUAUUAUUUGUAUUCUGUUAAGUACCAAACGUUACCCUGGUUUCUGUUGAAUAACCCCAUGUAGAAUAUAUUUCUUUUUUCUUUCAUCAACUGAGGAUUCCUUUAUUUUUAUAAAAUACUUAUCAGAAAGUGUAUAAAUGGAUGUAAAUUGUUAAUUUUGGUUUUAAUAGGUUUAUAUUGCGGCACAUGUUCUACUGAUUUACUUAUAGUUUCAUGUGUCAAUUUAGUGUAUGUUUUAUAUCACAUGUUAAAUAUAUCAAAUAAGGUUGUAUUUCUUUGUAUUUUUGUUGACUAUGCAGGGG